AUGUCUGCUCCUGCUUCCACUCAAAUCGAAAUUCUCCAAGAGGGCGAUGGAAAGACCUUCGCUAAGGUCGGCGACGCUGUCACCAUCCACUAUACCGGAACCUUGGCUGAUGGAUCCAAAUUCGACUCCUCUCGUGACAGAGGUAGCCCAUUCCAGUGUCAAAUUGGUGUUGGCCAAGUCAUCAAGGGUUGGGACAUUGCUAUUCCUAAAUUGUCUGUUGGCUCCCGUGCCAAGUUGACCAUUCCAAGUCAUGAGGGUUACGGUGCCAGAGGUUUCCCACCUGUGAUUCCUCCAAGCUCCACCUUGGUGUUUGACGUUGAGUUGUUGCGUGUGAACUAA